AUGGAAGACCAUGACCCAGUACAUCUCCAUCAGGAAAAGUCUCAUCAAGAAUCUGCACAUCUGCAACCAGAAGAGACUCCAAUCUCACGAACUACAACUCACAAGACCAACAGAGUUCCUCAUAUGGAGAAAAGAGGUCUUCUAGCUACAUUAGUGGUAGUCCCGGAAUACGAAGAUGCCCGUGACUAUCCAGCCAAAAUCAAGUACCUUAUUGUACUCAUUAUUGCAUUUGCGGCCAUCACUGGUCCUAUGGGAACCUCUAUCAUGCUUCCUGCCAUAGAUGAUAUUGUGACUGAUUUACACACUUCCACUUCGAUCGUGAACGUUUCUGUGGGGGUGUAUUUACUUUCAUUGGGGAUUUUCCCUCUUUGGUGGUCGGCAUUUAGUGAACGGUAUGGAAGAAGAUCAGUGUAUAUGAUUUCCUUCGGACUUUUCCUCGCAUUUUCUAUUGGGACGUCGUUAUCCCCCAACAUUGCUGGAUUGAUUAUAUUCAGAGUGUUGCAAGGUGGAUGUUCUGCUAGUGUUCAGGCUGUAGGUGCAGGUACAAUUGCUGACUUGUUUAUCCCCCAGGAAAGAGGGGUUGCUAUGGGUUGGUAUUAUCUCGGUCCGCUUAUGGGACCAUUCCUUGCUCCUAUCUUAGGUGGUAUUGUCGCACAAGCAUGGGGUUGGAGAGCAACUCAAUGGUUAUUGGUUAUAUUUUCAGGAUGUAACUUUUGUUCUAUAAUGUUCUUAUUGCCUGAAACACUUCGGAAAUCAGAAAAUUUACAAGCAAUUAGGGAUUUGUUAAGAGAAAAUAAAGACUUGAUAUUGGCAGAUGAAAGUAAUACUGGCUCAGAAGAAACGGCAUUGGAACGAGUAAUGAGUAAUCCUAGUGUACGUUCUGCAUUUAGUCAACUAUCCCAAGAAUUUGAAGAAAGUGAAGAAGAAGAAGGACCAGUUGUUGAUCCUGUGAUGCCCACCAUUUCUCGAAUCAACACCAACAAAUCAGUAGCAACCCAUCGGUCCCAAAAGGAAAGAUUAGAAGAGGAACUUUCUCGAGCUAUAACCAAUGCUACUUCUCCACAUAAGGGUCAAUGGAAAACCACGUUGUACGAUCUUACAAUUCGUCCCAUGCAUUCAAUUGUCCUUCUUCAAUAUCCACCCGUUGCCCUUGUCGUUGCAUUCUCCGCCAUCACGUUCGCUAUUCUUUACUUUUUCAACAUGACAAUCACAUAUAACUUUGCUCGUCCACCAUACAACUUCCAUCCAAUCAUUAUUGGUCUUCUUUAUAUUCCGAAUUCCGUAACUUAUGUCAUUGCUUCACUCGUGGGAGGAAGAUGGAACGAUUAUUUGUUUAAAAAGUACCAAAUGACCCAUAAUGGGGCUACUGUUCCUGAAUCACGUAUCUCCUGGAAUAUUGUUCUUGCCAUGGCAUUAUACCCUAUGGCAUGUAUAAUCUUUGGAUGGGCCUUGGAUAAAGGUGUAUUCUGGGUUGUUCCUUUGAUUGGUACUGCCUUGUUUGGGUUCUCCACCAUGUUGGUUAUUGGAGCCACCGUUACUUAUUUGGUCGAUACAUUGCCAGGUAAAGGUGCUACCGGAGUAGCAUUGAACAAUUUAAUCAGAAUGAUCUUGGCAGCAGUAGCUACAUUCAUUGUGGAACCUUUAUUGCGUGCUCUUGGUCCAGGAGUUUUGUUUUCGAUACUUACAGGGAUCAUCGUGGUAAGUUCGCUAAUUUUGAUCUAUUUAAAAAGAAGAGGUGAUUAUUUUAGGGAACAUUACGACAUUGGGAAAUAUUACGAUAAAUUAUAG